AUGGCUUCUCCUUCGAGAAUUCCAUCUGAACAGCCUCCUAGGUCAGCUUCGCCUUCAAGCUUUCGACCUCGAUCGAUUUCUGCUUCGGUUCCUCGAGCUGAUUUGACGGCGCGUCUUGCUUCUCCUCUACCGGCGCAACUUGGCACGACACCUCCUAGAGGAGGAACACCUCGACCCGAUGCAGCCUCGCGCGCCGAGAAUCUCGAGGACUUGAGCCAGCUACCUGGAUCUGGCACCAGCGCUCAAGGUCCUGGCGUGUCUGCUCUCGCUGCGGCUCUUUCCAACUCUUUGGGCCAGUCUCCGCCACGGCACGGUACUCCCGCAGCUCGUGUUGGUACUCCUCCGAUUCGAUCGCAAUCUCCUCUGCUCGGUGCUCGAAACUCGGGGACACCAACUAACUAUGGCUCUUUCAACUCGCGGUCGCAAAAUGCCUUGGGCACUAGUGCACCCUACGAAGACCCAGAGAUUGUCAAACGCCAUCUGGUUCAACCUACGGACGAGACCCCGGCUUCAGAAGAGUCCUCGAUCCAAGGUAAUUCCAAGGGCAAGCAGCCAGCUGAGAUUGGUGGGGCUGGCCUGAACGACGACGAGUUCUCCAGUUUGCGACUACAAGGAGGUGAUGUCACCCGAGGUAUCUACAAGUGGACUGAGCAAGCGGAAGCGAGAGCAAAGUACAACCGCAGCAAGAGUUUCGAUUUGGGAAGGCCCGAGCCCGAGACCGAGGUACUCGACAUCAACUCGAUAAAGGUGCCCGGAGGUUUCCGAAGAAACCAUCUCCGCCGCAAUGUUCAAAGUCCUGGCCCCCAUGGCCAUCUCGAAGAUGGCCACAAUUCUCCCGCUCCAGGCCAGCAAAGGUUGUUUACGUCGAGUUUCCUCGAGUUUUUGUCGAUAUACGGCCACUUCGCUGGUGAGGAGCUGGAGGAGGAUGACGAAGAUCUAGGACCGAACGAGUACUUCUCCUCUGGAGAAGAUACCGACGAAUACAACUCUGACGACGAGCGAGAGCCUAUGGAAGACAGUGCCUUGUUGACUCCGUCAAGGCGCAGACGUAAGCGUAAGGUCCGUGGCACCGGAACCAACAGCCCCAUGAACGCAGCCUUAUUACUUCUCAAAUCCUUCGUUGGCACAGGUGUCCUCUUCCUGCCUCGGGCUUAUCUCAACGGAGGUAUGCUCUUCAGCAACCUGAUUCUCUUUGGCGUUGCUGCUCUGAGUUAUUACUGCUUUGUGCUCCUCGUCAAGACACAGCUCAAGAUUGGUGGUUCUUUUGGUGAUCUUGGUGGUGCGCUCUAUGGCAAACAUAUGCGCACCCUCAUCCUGGCCUCUAUUGUCAUCAGUCAGAUUGGCUUCGUGGCUGCGUAUACCGUAUUUACAGCCGCAAACUUGCAGGCCUUCGUCCGAGCAGUCUCCGACUGCAAGUCGUCGAUUAGCGUGCAGUGGCUCAUCCUCAUCCAGAUGGUGAUCUUCCUUCCUUUCGCUCUAUUGCGCGAUAUUGGAAAGCUGGCAUUCACUGCUCUAGUUGCGGAUGCGUUCAUUCUGAUUGGUCUGGCUUAUCUUCUGUACUACGAUAUCUUGACUCUCAACCAAAACGGUAUCGCCGACAUCAUCAUGUUCAACAAGAACGACUGGACGCUGUUCAUCGGAACUGCCAUUUUCACGUUUGAAGGCAUUGGACUUAUCAUUCCUGUACAAGAGUCAAUGAGGCAUCCACAGAAGUUCCCUCGGGUUCUCCUGAUUGUCAUGAUCAUCAUCACAGUUCUUUUUAUCGGCAUGGGCGCUAUUUCCUAUGCUGCAUACGGAUCCCACACCGAAACUGUCGUCUUGCUCAACCUGCCCCAGGAUAACAAGAUGGUCAAUGGCGUACAGUUCUUGUACUCUCUGGCAAUCUUGCUCUCCACUCCACUACAGAUCUUCCCUGCCAUCCGUAUCGCGGAGACCGAGCUCUUCACGCGUAGUGGAAAGUACAACCCUUGGGUCAAGUGGCAGAAGAAUGUGUUCCGUUUCUUUGUGGUAAUGCUGUGCACGGCCAUUGCUUGGAUUGGAGCCGAUCAUUUGGACAAGUUUGUUGCGCUUGUUGGUAACUUUGCCUGCAUCCCGCUUGUCUUUAUCUAUCCUCCUAUGCUUCACUACAAGGCCAUUGCUCGUACCAAGUUUUGGAGAGUGGCGGACAUCUUGCUCUGUAUCUUUGGAUUCAUCGCAAUGGCAUACGCAACAACUCUAACUGCCAUGAGCUGGGCUGGUGCUGAUCCCAAGCACCCUGGAUACUGCGAUAAGAGGGGAGGCGCAAUCCCUGGGUUCUAA